UGAUGAUGAUGAUGAUAAUGAUGAUGAUGAUGAUGAUGAUGAUAAUGAUAAUGAUAACGAUGAUAAUGAUGAUAAUGAUGAUGAUGAUGAUGAUGAUGAUGAUGAUGAUGAUGACGACGACGAUCGACUUUCGUUUUGGGAUAUCGCGAGUGUGCCAGUAGUGGUGACGUGUGUGAACAAAGAAGGUAAAGGGUGAAAAAGUGAAAGAAAGAAAGAGAGAGAGAGAGAGAGAGAGAGAGAGAUAGAAGAUAGAAAGAAAGAAAGGGAGGAAGGAAGGAAGAAAAGGAAGGAAGAAAACAAGGAAGGAAAAUAAAGGGCUGUUGCAAUGCGGUGCUCAAAGUACCGGCUCGAGCACAACCUCGUCCUCGUCGCCGUUGUCGCCGUCGUCGUCGUUGUCCUCCUCCUCCUUUUCGUUCUCCUCAUCGUCGCAGAGCCGAGCUCCUGAUAGCCAUCUCUCAGCGACCACGGUCCAGGAUCGUUCAACGAAGAAAGGAUGCCAGGGGGCCGUAGGGGCCUGGUAGCCCCGCAAAACACGUUCCUCGAGAACAUUAUUAGACGGAGCAGCAGUCAACCUGACAGCAGCUUCUUACUGGCAAAUGCUCAGAUCGUCGACUUCCCGAUCGUCUAUUGCAACGAGAGCUUUUGCAAGAUCUCUGGUUACAAUCGUGCCGAGGUUAUGCAAAAGUCAUGCCGAUGUGGAUUUAUGUACGGGGAACUAACGAACAAGGAAACGAUAGCAAGGAUCGAAGAGUGCCUCGAGGGCCAAAUUCACGACCAAUUCGAGAUCCUGCUCUACAAGAAGAACAGUACCCCACGAGAAACACCACUAUGGCUUCUACUGCAAAUAGCACCGAUCAAAAACGAACGAGACUUAGUCGUCCUGUUUCUGUUAACCUUCCGGGAUAUAACGGCGUUGAAGCAGCCUAUAGAGACGGACGACAGCAAGGGUGGCCUUUCGAAAUUUGCCAAACUCGCAAGAUCGGUUACCAGAUCGAGAUCGGUCCUUGUUUCGCAAUUCAGCUCCCACCUUCCGGCUCUGAAGGAUUCUGCUUUACCUACCACGGCAAAACAAUCACAUCUGGCUCAUAUGAUGUCCUUGAGCGGAGAUGUAAUGCCACAGUACAGACAGGAAGCACCAAAAACUCCACCGCACAUUUUGUUACAUUAUUGCGCAUUCAAAGCGAUCUGGGAUUGGAUUAUUUUGUGCUUGACCUUUUACACGGCCAUAAUGGUUCCGUACAACGUUGCCUUCAAAAAUAAAACCAGCGAGGAUGUUUCUCUUUUGGUACUCGACAGUAUAGUCGAUGUAAUAUUCUUUAUCGAUAUAGUAUUAAAUUUUCAUACCACAUUCGUCGGUGCUGGUGGUGAAGUUGUGUCCGAUCCAAAAGUUAUCAGAAUGAAUUAUCUCAAGUCUUGGUUCAUCAUCGAUUUGCUGAGCUGUCUACCCUACGACGUGUUCAAUGCGUUUGAUCACGAUGAGGACGGUAUCGGUAGUCUUUUCUCCGCUUUGAAGGUUGUCCGUUUACUUCGUCUUGGAAGGGUCGUUCGCAAACUCGAUCGGUAUCUGGAAUAUGGAGCCGCCAUGCUCAUUCUUCUGCUCUGUUUCUACAUGUUGGUUGCUCACUGGCUGGCCUGUAUCUGGUACGUCACAUUAAGGUAUUCGAUAGGAAGAUCGGAUGCUGACAACGGAGUUCAAUAUUCAUGGCUAUGGAAGUUGGCCAAUGUUACCCAGUCACCGUACAGUUACUUGUGGACCAAUGCCAGCACUGCACCAGAACUAGUAGCUGGACCAUCACGCCGCACGAUGUAUGUCACUGCUCUUUACUUCACGAUGACUUGCAUGACUUCCGUCGGCUUUGGAAACGUUGCGGCAGAAACAGAUAACGAGAAGAUAUUUACCAUCUGCAUGAUGAUCAUUGCUGCAUUGCUGUACGCUACGAUUUUUGGUCACGUUACAACUAUUAUUCAACAAAUGACAUCGGCCACAGCCAAAUAUCAUGACAUGUUGAACAACGUACGGGAAUUCAUGAAACUCCAUGAAGUACCUAAAGCGCUUAGCGAACGUGUCAUGGAUUAUGUAGUAAGUACAUGGGCAAUGACCAAGGGCCUAGAUACGGACAAAGUGCUUAACUAUUGUCCUAAAGAUAUGAAAGCCGAUAUUUGCGUACAUCUUAAUCGGAAGGUUUUCAAUGAACACCCUGCCUUCAGGUUGGCAUCCGACGGAUGUUUACGUGCUUUAGCAAUGCAUUUUACAAUGUCGCACAGUGCACCUGGUGAUCUGCUCUAUCACACAGGUGAAUCUAUCGACUCGUUAUGCUUCAUCGUUACCGGAAGCCUAGAAGUUAUACAAGACGAUGAAGUAGUAGCGAUUCUUGGAAAGGGUGAUGUCUUUGGUGACAGCUUUUGGACUAACCCAUCGGUUGGACAAAGCGCCGCUAACGUUAGAGCAUUAACUUAUUGUGACCUUCAUACUAUUAAACGUGAUCGGCUGUUAGAAGUUUUGGAUUUUUAUCAAGCCUUCGCAAACUCCUUCGCCAGAAAUCUUGUACUAACGUACAAUCUAAGCAAUCGGCUGAUCUUUCGAAAGGUGGCCGACGUGCGUCGUGAAAAGGAACUCGCCGAAAGACGAAAAAACGAGCCACAGUUGGAUCAAGCUCAGGAUCAUUUAGUUCGGAAAAUUUUCUCAAGGUUCAAGACUGAUGGGGAAGCCCAGAUCAGCGUCUCCAAAGCCGUUUCAACACGGUCCCAACAGGAUUCAGACGAGGAGCUCACCGUGAACGUCCUGCCGCCCUGGCCCAGUUUUAGAUUUCGUAGAGAGAGACAUACGGCAGAUGUUGAGAAAGGAGACAGUAAGGAUGGGAAAGAUGGCGAAUCGUCGCAUUCAAGAAAACCGUCCACCGAUGAGAAUAUCGCUGCCAAACCACGAACUGGCAAGUGGGGAAGGUUGUUAGGUAGUUCCAGUCUGGAUUCAGGUAGUGAAACAGGUACGGCCGGGGACACGUUCAAGAGAUCGUUAAGUGCAAGAGAUUCGCGUCCAAGUUCUAGUGCCGGAACGAACAAAGUAUUUCCGAAAUUCGGGAAGUUAGGUGGUACGAUAGAAGAAACAGGUGGAGGAGAUAGCGCUGAUAAGGAUGGACAACAUCAGCAACAACAGCAACAACAACAACAACUACAACAACAACAAUCUCAGAAUCUUUCGGUAGACUCGAAGCAAUUGCAGCUUCGACGUUUGGAAAGUUAUGAUGGUGGUUUGAUAUCGACUCAGCCUAGUCACGAUCGUGAGAUUCUUGCGGCGGUAUUAGAAGUGAAGGUCGACUUAAAGCUAGAAGUUCAAAGAGUGAAUCAAAGGCUUGCUAAGAUGGAGGAUAUGCUUCAGACUUUAUUGAGCCGAGUUCCAUUGGCUGGAACACCUCCGGGAAGUACGGUCAUCUCGCAGCAACAGCAACAACAGCAGCAGCUGCAGCAACAACAACAACAGCAGCAGCAGCAACAGCAGCAGAGACCCUUGAAUUUCCCAUCGAGUAGUUCAGCUCAAAAUCAACCGUCCUGCCAAGUGCAAGUGAAUCAACAGCAAGUUGUUCCACAAAGUAUGCAAAUGUCUGAACAGAAGGCGUCUAUAACGAGUACGACGACUUCUAUGACACCUGGCGAAGGUUAUAGAGAGCAACAACAACAACAACAACAGCAGCCUAUGGAACGUAGUUCAAAGAGUCAAGAACAUCAUCAUCAUCAUCACCACCAUCACCAACAGUCAAAAGAUUCAGACAGAUUAUCAGGUAGUUCCGAUUACAAAACUUCCUCGAGAGAAGUUAGUAAAGAACUUCUUGAAAGACUUGCCCAAGCAUCAACCUCGAGAGGUGACGACUCGAGUGCACUUGGACCACUCAUAUUAAGGAAACGAAAAAGUAAAUCGCGCAACAAGGGUGCAGCGCCUCUCGCACCUUUAGCUACCCAACCGAUUAGUCCCUCGGAGGCUACGGAAACUACACAAAUGCUCGAAUGUACCGACGAUCGUGAGGCUAGCAGUGCCAGUGUCGAAAGGACCGAGAGGACCGAUAGGUCCGAACGAAAAAGGCCACCACCCAGGCCUAGAGAAUAUUAUUGAAAGUUCUUCCGUUCUAAACCUUUCAUCCUGAUCCUAAUCCACCAUUUUCUCCUCUUCCUUUCGUGAUUCUCAAUCUGGGUGGAUGGCUCCAUUACAAUUUAAAUAAAUUGAUCGCGAAUCGCGUUAAAAAAAAAUAAUAAUAAUAAUAAAAAAAAAAAAACAAACAAAUAAACAAACCCUUUCUUCGUUCAAAAGUGACAACAGAUCGAAGGACUAGGCCACAAUGAAGUCAGCCUAAUUUUCCUCCUCGAUCGGACUAAGUUUCGUGAUCUUACAGUUUAACGUAAUUACCUUAAAGGACUAUUAAUAUUUUCGCUAGAUCGCUUCGCGAAGUGACAUUCAUUUUGCGCGUACUUUUGAACGAAAUUGAACGAAAUGAAAAGAAAAAAAAAAAAAGAAAACUGAGGACAUGAUAAUAUUAUAUAAAGUAAAUAAACUUAUGGAAAGAAAAUAGUAGAGGGUUUCAUAAGGGAGAAGUAAAAAUGAUUCGAUGACUCCCAAUUGCGCGUGUCUCUUCGAACCAGUAUUGAGUUACGUGUGAUCAUGGAAGGAAUCCAAUUAAUUAUUCAACAACUUGCGACGGCUUCUUCGAGAGACAUCGAAAAUUGUUCCACGAGUUAUUAUCCACGUUAUAAGAGCGAUAUGCAUCAUAGUUUUGCACGCAUUGACGGCGGAUCUAUUCGCGAGCAUAUAGAUCUUCGUAAUGAUCUCGAGAAAUAUAUUCGAUCGAAUUGAUGCGUUAUUUUUUCGAUCGAUGAUCUAUUACGCGAUCAUAUAAAAUAUUUACAAAGAAAUACAUAAAUAUAAUAAAAUAUCGAUUGAAAUUUUACAAGUUUCUCGUCGUCGUCAUCGAUAUGGAUCGAUGAUUAUAGAUCGUCACGAGACAAUUAAAUUGUACAAGAUGCUUUUCUUUUAUUUAUUUAUUUAUUUAUUUUUUUUUUUUUUUCCAAUAUAAUACAGGAUGGCUCAAAAGUUUCUAGAUACGUCAAAAGUUGUUAAGUUAUAUUAAAAAGAAAAAAGUUCAAUCGCUCUUUUUCGUGACUAUUUAAACUAACAAUUAAGCUCGUAAUUUUACUUUACAAGCUAGGUCUGUAAUUGACAUAAUUUGGAAAAAAGAGAAUGUAUAAUCUAAAAAGUCACGGUGAUAAAGUAAUUGAUUUUUAAUAUUUACCUAUGUAACUUUUAAUCCAUCUAAAAACAUUAGACCCCGCCCUGUAAUCAGAUCAAAAGGAUUGAUAUUUAUAAAAAACAAUGACGCAUCCUCACGAUCGUUUAAUAUUUACGAGAGAUCACACGCGAGCACAACCAUAGAAUGUAAGCGUUUGCUUUGAUACCACCGAUUCAUCCGCCGACGUUCAUAGGCCGCAUUUUUAUCUAACUUACGAAAAAAAAAAAAAAAAAAAAAAAAAAAAUUGAGAUUAUCUUCGAUCGAAACGCUUGCUACGAGAUUUGCUACGAAAUAAAUUUAUUGACGGGCGAAUGAUCGACGUGCUAAUUGAAAAGAAAAUACAUAAAAUAAAUAAAUAUA